CAAUGGGAGGCGCAGUUACCUCAGCCGCUACUGAUCUUGUGGCGCUGAGGUACCCGCCCCUUUCUUUCUCCUCAGGGUGGUCCUGGCGCGGUUCUGAGGCCUAGCCUCUGCGAGCCCGCCUCGUUUGCCUUCCGAUGGAUCCCGCCGAGGCCGAAUUCCUGGCCGAGCGGGAGCUGGUCACCAUCAUCCCAAACUUCAGUAUGGACCGGAUUUACCUCAUCGGGGGGGAUUUGGGCCCCUUUAAUCCAGGGCUGCCUGUAGAAGUGCCUCUCUGGCUGGCUAUCAAUCUAAAGCAGAGGCAGAAGUGUCGGCUGAUACCUCCAGAAUGGAUGGAUGUAGAAAAGCUGGAGCAAAUCCGGGAUCAGGAACGCAAAGAAGAUACUUUUACUCCAAUGCCUAAUCCGUUCUACAUGGAAUUAACCAAGUUGUUGCUGAACUAUGCUGCAGACAAUAUCCCAAAGGCAGAUGAGAUCCGAACAUUGGUUAAGGAUACCUGGGACACUCGAAUAGCAAAACUCCGGUUGUCUGCAGAUAGCUUUGUCAGACAGCAGGAAGCUCAUGCCAGGAGCCGAUUGUCUCAGUACAUCAGAGAAGAAUAUUCAGAAUCCUAUUACAGAAAAUGGCAGCUUUAGCUGUUUGAAGGAUCACUUGCUAAAGUGAAAACAACCACCCUCUCUUUCCGCAUCCAGGAAAAGAACGUUCUGUAACACAGGCCCAUGAAUUUCCUUUAUGUUCCUUCCUUGUUAUAAGAUUCUGGAGGAUGGCCAGGGCUUUGGUAUUCUUAAGGGUUGCAUAGCAAAGGGAAUUUUGGCUGGUGUAGCUUUGUCACACACUGGUGAGGAAACUGCACCAACUGAAUUUACUUCUAAGCAGCUAUUAAAAAAUAUAGAAGCAUUGUCUUCCUUCGCAUCUGGCCACCACAGAGUCCUACAAGAGCGCACCAACUUGCCUUUCAUUGUCAAUGUUCAGAGAAAAAUAAUUUUCAAUAGUAACAGCAAAUAAAGCAUUGCACAUAAGCUACUAAAAUAAAACUGAGAAUGAAAUUGGUGAACCUUGACUAUAAAGGUGCUACAAAUCCCAGGGUUAUAUUAUUCUCCCAGUCAAAAUAUUGUGCUUUUGCCAAACCUUGUCUGCAAGAAUUGGUUGGUGAGGACUUGAAUAGUUAAGGCAAAGGGGAAACCAUUUUAAACUUAGAUGGCUGAUCCUUGCGUUAUGUAUAUGAUCCCCUCAAGCGUGAAAGGUGGAUGUAUGUAAAAUGUUGUACCUGCCCCUUUAAAAUACUCAUUCUAGGCUUCCUUUAAAGGGACAUGGACUAAUUUUACAACAAUGCUUUCCACAAAAGGCUGUUGUAGCCAGACUGAUGAACAAAGCAAAAUCAGAAGCUGCUCUACUAGACAAGGCUUUAAAAAACAAAACAAAAAGCUUCGAACUUUUCUAGAGCAGAUGUUUGCAGACCAAAUAUCAAUUGUCACAUGGCUAUCUAGCUUAUCCAUCUUGCCUCUUACUUUCUAGUGCUGCCAAUUUGAGAGUUAAAUUCAUGAAUCGCAGGGAAGAACAAAGCCACUUGCUAGAAAGCUGUAUUGAAGAAAUUUGUAUUAAAGUAUCAUUUAAUACUUACACAUGGAAAGAAAAUGCUAACCCAAACCAGCUCUUGAUAACCACACAGAGGCGUCUUAAAUUUUGGCAGUAGCUACAUGAGCCAAAGAUGACAAGAGAUACCUAUUCAAAGGUCAUGUAUGGUCUUAGCAGGCAUUCUGCAUCAAUGACUUGAGUAAAAACAAACAAAAAGUAUUACCUGUAUAAGUACAAGGCUGAGGCCCUCUUCACUUUGGACCUAGGAGCACAGGACCUAUUUUUAGCAUGUGUGAUCCCACACUGCAAGGGUGCAUGGCGUGCGAAUAACGUGACUAUGUGGGUAAGCCAACUGAAUCCCAUGCAAUCUGCACUGCCAUUCAGGGGUGAAAGACCUAUGGAAUCUUCCCUGCUCCCAUGAUUUCCUGUACAUGCGCAUCCUUACAGGAUGGGACCACACCUUGCCAGGAGUAGCUUCCAUGCUGCUGGGUCUGUAUGUGAAGCAGGUUGGAAACAGACAGAUUUAGGCACACAUCACAAGAUUUUUCUUCCUUUGUAUUAACUGUUUACUGUUUUUGGAAUAAUCUUUUUCUUCUUUGGAAGCCUCACAUGUGAUUUUAAGUGGUGUUGAUAAAAUGAACAAAUACCAGGUUUUGUUCACUAAAGUUUAUAGCGUCCCUAAAAUCUUGGGUCUCUUUAGACUGAGAUCUUGUUCUCUCAAUAGCAACCAAUCAUAUGACAUUCAGUAUUCCAAGUGCUUGAAGAAAAAAAUGGGCAGGGGACAAAAGGAGGAAAGAAACUCCAGUUGCGCAAGAGAAUUUACUGUACCAGAAACUGAUGCUGCACUUUGCAAAAUACACAAGUGACAGCACGUGCCCCAGUGGAAAGCUUUUUCCUUAAAAUUCUUUUAAAAAACAUUUCAAUAUUUUUUCAUGUCCUGACCAGCAGCAGUACAAACACUAAAAGCAAGCUAUCUUUUUGCCAAAAAGAAAAAAAAGCAGAAACAUAUUGAAAAUGGCAAGCUUUUUAUAACAAUAAUUAAAGUAAUAAAAACAUACAAAACAUUUUUAAAUAUAUACACAGUACAAGGCUGAAGCACCUUUUUUUUUACUCUUUAAUUGCAAAAUCUUUGUAUGAAAAUUCUACCCACUGGGGUACAUAAUCUAUGUGUGUUGUAUGUAUAUCACUGUUCUGUACAUCUUCCCCUCCCCAGUAAUAAAAAGGUACCUUCAGUUUA